AGGACGGAGAGCCCGGAGGACAAAUCCCCCCGGCAGAGCCUGGUGGGAGAGGCCGUUUUGAAGGGCUCCAUGGCGCAGGAAGGCAGCGGGGAGGAAAAGGUCCGGAGAUCCCUGCGGAGGAGGGGCUCCAAAGCCAGCCCAGGGUGCUCUGAGGAGGAAAGACCCAGCCUGUGCCAGGAAGGCGGCCGGAGCUUGAGGCAGAGCUCUGACCUGGUGGUCCCUGAGCAGCCUCCCAGCAGGCAGAAGCCCUUUAAGUGCUUGGAAUGUGGAAAGAGCUUUGGGAAGAGCUUCAACCUCCUCACCCACCAGCAGAUCCACACUGGGGAACGAGCCUACCCAUGUGGGGAAUGUGGGAAGGGCUUCAGCCAGAGGUCCCACCUGAUGCGACACCGGAUGAUCCACACUGGGGAACGGCCCUAUUUAUGUGGGGAAUGUGGGAAGAGCUUCAGGGACAGCUCUGACCUGAUCAAACACCAGCACAUCCACACCAAGGAACGACCCUACACAUGUAGGAAAUGUGGGAAGAGCUUCAGGCACAGCUCCACCCUCUGCACUCACCAGCGUAUCCACACUGGGGAACAGCCAUACACGUGUGGGGAUUGUGGAAAGAGCUUCAUUGACAGCUCCACUCUCUGCACCCACCAGCGCAUCCACACUGGGGAACGGCCCUACACGUGUGGAGAAUGUGGGAAGAGCUUCAGUGACAGCUCCACCCUCCGCACCCACCAGCGCAUCCACACUGGUGAACGUCCCUACAAGUGUGGGGAUUGUGGGAAGAGCUUCAGCUGGAGCUCCAACCUCAUCACCCACCAGCGCAUCCACACCGGGGAACAGCCCUACAAGUGUGAGGAAUGUGGGAAGGGCUUCAGCCAGCGCUCCAGCCUCCACACCCACCAGCGCGUCCAUACCGGGGAACGGCCCUUCAAGUGCUUGGAAUGUGGGAAGAGGUUUCAGACCAGAUCCAGUCUCCUCCUGCACCAGCGGACGCACACGGAUGAGAGGCCCUUCCGCUGCACCGACUGCGGGAAGGGCUUCAAGCACAACUCCCACCUCGUCACCCACCGGCGCAUCCACACCGGGGAGAGGCCCUUCAAGUGUGGGGAGUGUGGGAAGAGCUUCACCGACAGCUCUAAGUUGACCAGACACCAACGGACCCACCAGUAA